UCCAGAGUGCCAAGGGCAGCCCCACUGGGGACUCGUGGCGGGCGAAGUACGAGGAGGAGCUGCGAGCCCUGCGGGAUGCGCUGGAUCAUGCCUUCAGGGAGAAGUGCACGGCCGAGCUGGCCAGGGACAACCUCUACGAGGAGGUCCAGCAGGUGAAAAGCAGGUGCCAGAAGGAGCAGGCAGCCCGAGAAGAAGCCAAGAAGCAGCUGUCCUUGAGCAGGAAGGAGCUGGAGGAGGAGAGGAGAGCGCAGAUCUGGCUGAAGGAGAGAGCCGUGCAGCUGGAGAAGGAGGUGGAAGCCUUGCUGGAGGUGCACGAGGAGGAGAAAGCGGGGCUGGACCAGGAGAUCGCGAGCUUCUCGCAGAGCCUGGAGAGCUUCCGCUGCGCACCGGUGGCUUUCCAGCCGGUGGAGGUGGAGGACUACUCCAAGAGGCUCUCGGAGAUCUGGAAAGGAGCGGUGGAGACCUACAAGACGGAGGUGUCGCAGCUGGAGGCUUCCCUCUGCCAGGCCAAGGAGAACCUCUGGAAGGCGGUGGAGGACAACCAGCAGAGCCAGCUGCAGCUGCAGCACCUGGAGAAGGACCUGGGGGGGCUCAGAGCACGGAAGGAGAUGCUGGAGGAGAGCCUGGCCCGGCAGUGGCAGGAGCAGCGCGGGGAGGCAGAGAAGUUCCAGGUGGGCGAAGGCGGGGCCGCGGCCCCACCGGGAUCGCAUCCCUGCGGCAUGGCUGCUUCCCUAAGCACUGCGACGGCGAGUCAAGAAGAGAUGGGAGCGUGGGAGGAGGAGAUGCCCGCUAUGCUGAGCCCAAGGGAACCAGAAGCCGUGCCCCGGGAAGAGGACACGAGUGGCCCUGGCCAGAUGGGGACCGGCCGGGAAGAGCCAGAGCAAGGGGAGGACAAGGUGGAUGCCCCAAGCACGGAGGUGUUGCACCCCUCAGAGGAUGAGGAGGAGAGGGGACCCUGCAGCCCCUGCGGGGAGGACGACGAUUUCCAGGGCGAAGGGAUGGAUGCGCGAGAAGGGGAGUCCCCGCAAAGGGACGUUGAAGCUGCUCAUGCUGUCCCCGUGGAAAGCCACCCGGUUUUGCCCAUGGAAAGUCACCUGGAAGAGGACCUUGUUGAUGGAGAGCAGGAAAAGUUUGAGCAUUGGGAAAUGCCCGUGUGCGAGACGGAUCUGGCUGCAGAGGAGGAAAGCGGGCAGGAGACAUGCCCGGGGCAGGAGACGUGCCCGGAGCAGGAGCCCUUGAGCACCCAUGAGGCCAUCCCAGCAGAAGAGGCUUCACUGGGGGCUGAAGAAGAUGCCGUGAGAGGGGAGGACCCGGGCAGAGCAAAAGACGGUGAGGGAGAAAAGGGAGAGGCCGGUGGGGAGGCACUACGAGGAGAAGACCCCCAGGCAGGAGAGGCUGCGGGACCUGAAACCCUGGGGCAGGAUAGCAGAGCCCGGGAGGAGCCCGGGGACCUGCAGGAGAAUGGCUUUGCGGAAGAGGUGCCGGAGCAGGAGGAGCUGGAGCUGGAGCCAGAGCCGGGAGAGGAGCCCUGGGGCGGGGGGGAUGAUGGCAACAGCCAAAAGCCCCGUCCAGAGGACUGGGAGGUGACAGCAGAGGACACAGAGGGGGCUCUGGGGACAGAAGAGCCAGCCCGGGCAGAUGACACCCCGAUGAGCGCAGGAGGGCUGGAAAGCGAGGGGAGUGACGGCAUGUCGCCAGCAGAGCUGGAGGAAACCCGGGAAGAUGAUGAAGAAGACGACGAGAGCCAAGGGAUGAGCCAGCAGCAGCCACCGCCGGAGGCUGAGCCGGCCCCCGGGCUGGCGAGGGAUGAGCAGGAGGGCACGGCGGGGCAGCCGGCUUGGGCACCAGCAGAUGGCCUGGGGCGAGGGGACAGCCAGGAGCUGGCUGGGGCUCCAGAGGAGACAUGGGAGGAGCCAGGUGACGGUGCGGAGAGCAGCGAGUCGGCCGAGGAGGGUGCUGGGCGACUGGGAGAGCUGGAGCAGGCACCGGGGACGGGCAGGAGGGUGGAGCUGGAGGACACGCUGCCGGACAGCACGCCCUUGCACCUCUACGAAGGGGAGAUGCUGGCUGUGGUCGCACCCAGCCAAAACCCUCCGGAGACUGAGGAGACCACAGAGACAGCCCACACCUCCGAAACAGCUCCGGAGGAUGAAGGGUGGCUGGAAGGGAGGGACAAGCCGCCGACUCCCGCCGUGCCAGAGAGCCGCGAAGAGGAGGCAGGGACGGAGGUAGCCCCUGCGGCAGAGGGUGCCGAGGAGGAGGAAGGCUAUUUCAUGGUCUCUGCUCCCAACCAAGAGGUGUCCAGCUCGGAGGAAGCCGAGAUCUCCGAGGACUUUGAAGAAAUUAAAAUUGAAGCAACCGAAGCCAGCAAAGAUGAUCUGGAAGCUCCCAGAGAAGCGUCUCCAGUGCCAGAGGACGAAGGGCACUUUGAGGCGCUUGUUGGUGAAGCAGAUGAAGGCAGGAGGAUGCCCACAGAAGAACCUGAGAUGCCAAAGGAUGAGGAUGAGGGUGAGAAUGAGGACGAUGCUGGGGGUUUUACUGCUGAGCUCGAGGAAGGUCCAGCCGCGCCUGAGGCAGACCCCGGCUCCCCCAGGGCCGCGGGGCCGUUAGCAGGAGGCACUGACGAGCCAGCCCAGGGUGCCGCAGGCUCCGGUGUGCAUGAGGGACCAGCGCGCCUGGAGGGCUUGGCCGCCGAAUCGGUUGAGGAGCUCGACGGCACGGUGGAGCCGGAGAGCGACGCUGGCAGAGCCGAAGUGCUCCCAGGCUGCAACCUGGGGCUGGUGGGGCAGGAGGAGGAGGAGGAGGAGGAGGAGGAGGUGGAGGAGCCUGGCACGGCUCACCACGACAUGGUGGAGCCUAUCCCUCCGGCAGGGCUCCAGGCCCAGCGGGAUCCUGGUGGGACCAAGCUACCCCGGGACACCGGGGAAGACUCCUCGCCUGCCUCGUCCAGCGAGGAGGAGCCGACGGUGCAGGAGGCGCCAGCAGAUGCGGCACCGGGGACGGAGGGUCUGAUUCGGGCCGAGAACGGGCUGCACCGGGAGGCCAGCCUGGAGGACCUGGCCGAAUUCACCGAGGUGCUGAACGGCAUCGCCGGUGUGCCGCUGGCACAGGAGUUCCCCACGGAGACCGCAGACCCCACUGCA